GUACACAACAGAACAGGGUUUUCUGCAACUACACAGUCCCAGUACAACAGAGGUGUCCAGCUUAUUGGGGACAUGUGUCCUCUCAGGCCUGUGGGACAGAGGACACCUGUGGUGGGAUGAAUGCUCUGCUUGCAGGAAACCCUGGGCUACUCCCAGAGGUCUGUCAUGAGUCAGGACAGAGGGAUGACACCUGGUCUCUCUCACCUGGAUGGGGCAUUGUUAUGGUUUCGUUGGGGUUGCUGGAGCCCACGUUGUAUAUGACCACCGCCGAGGCGUUGAGGCUGGCCACGUUCCGGAUCUUGUCCCGGUAGGUACAGUUCCCAGCAGCCACCAGCGCCACCCAGGCGGCGUGGUGGGCCACGGGGGGGAACCUGACGUGGGGGUCGCACGCCUGUCUGUCCUGCAGGGGGCGCGGCAGCAGCACCAGACCCCGGGCUUCCCUCUUGGGCGAGUGCUCUCCGUAGCGGCCGCACUCACUCUUCUCCGACCUCACCUCCGCGGUGCCGGGCUCCAGGUAGGUGAUGUUGACGAAGGCCGUGUACCACUCCUCCUUCUCCGCCACCGUGAAGUCCAGACACAGCAGGUGCACGAAGCAGAAGGAGAGCAGCCACGUCGAGAGAGCCAGGCUGCGGCAGGCGAGGAUCAGGGACGGGGCCAUCGUGCAGGGCUGCGUCCUCCUCCUCCUGCUCCUGCUCCUCCUGCUCCUCCUCUUCCUCCUCCUCGUCUCCCUCCUCUUCCUCAGUGGAUCAGCACAGUCCUCCUGCAAGAGGAGCUACAGGUUGCAGCAGCAUGAACGUGGCAGCAGAUCCGCUCUCUCGCAGCAGCACCUGCAGGAGCUGACUCCUGUGUUGUUGUUCCCUGUCAGCUGUUUCGUCUGCUGCCUCCUGAUUGGCUCUCCGCUCAGACCCACGUGACCUGGGCGGGGACUGGUUUCCUGACGCCCCUGUGGCACGUGGAGAACAUCAGAAUCAGAAUCAGAAGUAUUUUAUUGCCAAUACGUUCCCAUUUCCCUAUCGGACCCCGGUCGCUGCUGCGCUGCUGCUCAUCUCUCAGUUGCUCUCAGGUUAGCUUGUAGCUGCGUGUUGGCCUCGGCAGUUUCCUGUUGACAGGAAGCCUGGAGUGAAAUACAACAACAACAAAAAACUCCUGUCAGCGCAUCGAGCAUCGAACCUGUGGCGCCGAGAUGCCCAAGAAGAAAACCGGUGCUCGGAAGAAGGCGGAGAGCCGCAAAGAGAGAGAGAAGCAGAGCCGAGCCAACCGAGAUCAUGUGGAUGUAGCCAAACACCCGUGUAACUUCAACAUGGAUUGUGACAAAUGCCAGAGGAAACAGAAGAACAGAGCGUUCUGCUACUUCUGCAACUCGGUGCAGAAGCUGCCCAUCUGUGCACAGUGUGGCAAAACCAAGUGCAUGAAGUCAUCAGACUGUGUCAUCAAACAUCCUGGAAUCCACACCACUGGGAUGGCCAUGGUGGGAGCAGUGUGUGACUUCUGUGAAGCUUGGGUGUGCCACGGUAGGAAGUGUCUGAGCACUCACGCCUGUGUGUGUCCCCUGACGGAUGCAGACUGCAUUGAGUGUGAGCGUAGUGUCUGGGAUCAUGGAGGCCGAAUUUUCCGCUGCUCUUUCUGUGACAACUUCCUGUGUGAGGACGACCAGUUUGAGCACCAGGCGAGCUGCCAAGUCCUCCAGGCUGAAACAUACAAAUGUAUUUCCUGUAACAGACUUGGACAGCACUCCUGUCUGCGCUGUAAGUCCUGUUACUGUGACGACCACGCCAAGAGUAAGGUCUUCAAACAGGACAAGGGGAAAAAUCUGCCAUGUCCCAAGUGUGGCCACGAGACGCAGGAAACCAAAGACCUCAGCAUGUCCACUCGCACCCUGAAGUAUGGCCGCCAGGCGGGCGUCGAUGACGAAGACGACGACGGUGACGAUGGAGCGUCAGGGUAUGACAACUACUGGAAGAACUUGGCCUCUGGAGGCGGAGCCCAACCGAACUACGACGAGGAUGAUGAUGAAGAGGAGGAUGACGAUGAUGAUGAGGAGGAUGAUGAGGAGGAAGAUGAUGAGGAGGAGGAGGAAGAGGAGGAGGAGAAAGAGGUUGAAGAGAAGGCAGCUGCCGAUUCCCUGGCUGCUCUUAAGUUGGCGGGAACUGCUUCCUGAACCAGGACAGAGACUGGAGAGCCGGCUGCUGGAGCCCGAGGUCCCAAAGAUCCAAAUCCUCUCAGUGGAGGUUCACAGCAGAAACGAUUGAAGAAUUAAGAGACGUUUGUGUGUGUGCGUGUGUGUGUAACAACUAGUGUUGACAGAGUAAGAAAUAUUAAAAAGUCCCUCUGAGGACUGUGAUGUAAAGAUGUUCUAAAUCCACACAAAAAUAUGUAAACAACGUUAUGAAUCUGAACAAACUGCAAACUGUUGGUAAUUGACAGGCUUUUAAUGAUAUGGACACAAUAUAUAUCCAAAUCCAGAGGUUUCUUCACCCAGUUCUCAGAGGACUUGUUUCCUUCUCUUUUUAAAGUCCGAGCUGGAUCACUGCUCCACGAGGCCCCGAGGCAAAGAGGAGCUGUGAACCCUUUUUGGCUCCUGGUGUUUGUUGACUUGGUAAAUGUAAUUUUAUUUGAGAAGAAUCACUCUGUAACUGUUACUGUUUCCACAUGUUCUCUCCACAAACUGGGGACCUAAUGUUGUUGGGUGAAUAAAGUUGGAGCAGCUGCUGUCUCCCAAAGUA